CGUAGAUUUUAUUUUCGUGUCCAAGAAAUGCCCUGGAUGCUGAUCGAUUGACACGGUUGACAUUUGGUGGUGCUCGUACGAGUGUAGCAACAACGCAGCCGAAAGAUUGUAAAACAAGUGUUGAUUUGCCUGACAGACAUGCCAUGUGAGAUCUCGGUUCAUGUACGAUACAUGCUCCUUCUAUCUGUGUAAGCUCAUACACAGAGUGGGUUGGCUUAAUUCACACUGACGCUGGCAUCAAUGAUGCCACAAUGCCAUCCAUGAUCGUUCGUUGCCGCUGCAGUUCCGCGGAAGAACAGUCGAAACUUAAGCUUAUGAUUUUGAGCCUUGGAGUAAGGUUAAAGUUAGGUCGCCCAUGUGGCUGGUGGUCUGCACGGACAAUACUGGAAUAGCAACGAAUGAUGCCACCAAACACGUGACAUAGCAAACAUGCAUGGUGGAUGUGUUGGCGCUCGGAAGCCACGAAGCACGGUUACUACGAUGAGAUGCCUGGGGUGAUCCCACACUACAUACGACAACGAAAGUGAUGAUGCGCAGGACAAGAAACUAUAAAAGGACCCAGUGUUCAGGUUAACACAUAUCUGUUGCUCAAGAACGACCAAGGACCAAGUCGGGCAAAAUGAAAGACACCGCCAAUAAUACUCUGAUCCAUUUCUUCUGUAUAGUGUUGCUUUUGGCUUCUCUUAUUGAUCUGAGUGAAGCCAGGCGCCCCAAAACCAAUUGUGGACUCAAAUGCUUCAGAUGGAGAAAAUGCAUGGGCCAGUUGUCAGGCGAUGAGAAUCGGCCUCAUGAGCUGGGAAAUACGGGACAAAUUGUCCUCAACACCUGUAACUCAGGUGCGUGCGAUUGCGAGGAAGAGGAGCGAAAGAAGACCAGCACCACGACAACAACAACCACGAUCGCACCCCGAGCCAGUUCUCUUGAGAGGAGCUCUUUUGCCAAGAACCGAUAUGUGCGGAAGAAUUUGAAAACUCUAACCAGUCGGUCACGCAACCUCACGAGACCGAAAAGUUCGCGACUUGAAAAGUACACCAGCCCUAGUGUCCAAGACCGAGAGCUCGAGAGCCAAGAUGCGUCCGAGAAUGCCCCCGCUCUUCAAGUUUCACCCCAUCGGUUCCGACCAAUCCAAAGGAGACUGUUCCGCCAAAGAUAUUAAGCUAUCGAUAUUUGUUGAAACGCCGAGUUUUUGUUUACAUCUCUUGACGAGAUGACCAAUGUAUUUGCAGCUUGAACUUUCAAGUUUAUUCUUUUCAUGAACGACAACAACAUAUCAUGAGGUUUUACUCGUA